AUGUCAGGAAAGAAGGCGGACGACGGCGCGCGCGCGCUGUCCGGCAAGGAGAAGAAGGAGUUCGACAACGUGGUGCGAUGCUACGAGACCAAGCAGCACAAGAAGGGGCUCAAGUCCGCCGACUUCGUGCUGAAGAAGUUUCCCAACCACGGCGAGACGCUCGCGAUGAAGGGGCUCAUCCUGGGCAACAUGGACCGGAUGGAGGAGGCGCACGAGCUCGUUAAGCUCGGGGUGCGAAACGACAUGAAGUCUCACGUUUGUUGGCACGUGUACGGCCUGGUGCACCGCGCCGAUCGCAACUACAGGGAGGCCAUCAAGUGCUACCGCAUGGCGCUCAAGCUGGACGAGGGCAACUCGCAGAUCCUGCGGGACCUCGCCAACCUGCAGAUUCAGGUCCGCGACCUCGCCGACUUCACCGAGACCCGCCGGAUCAUCCUGAAGGACCGAGCCGGGGCCAGGCAGAACUGGAUGGGUCUGGCCGUCGCCAAGUUUCUCCAGGGCCAGCACCGCGCCGCCGUCGCCGUCAUCGAGAAGUACGAGGACUUUCGCGCCGAGGAGCGGGGAUCGGAGCCGAACCUCGCGAAAUACGAGGUUUCCGAGAUGUACCUCUUCAAGGCUAUGAUCCUGGAGGAAGCCGGCGCGCACGAGGAGGCGCUCGCGGUCCUCGACAAGCACAGCAAUAAGCUCGUGGACGUCAUCGGCGUCCUGGAACAGCGAGCCAGGCUGUACACGGCCCUCGGCCGCGGCGCGCACGCGGAGGCGACACUCCGGGCGCUAAUCGCCAAAAAUACCGAGAACCACGGCUACUACCGGCAGCUCGAGGCUGUUCUCGGGUUAGUGGACGGCGACGUCGCCAAGCUCGAGGCCACGUACGACGCGCUGGCCGUGCAGUACCCAAAGUCGGACGCCGUGCGACGUCUGCCGCUCGAUUUCCUCUCCGGCGACUCGUUCGCGGCGGCGGUUAGAAAGUACGUCGUCGGUCCCAUCCGGAAGGGUGUCCCGUCGCUAUUCCGGAACCUCAAGUCGCUCUACGCCGAUCGGGCCAAGGCGGCCGUGAUGGGCGAGGCGUUUAAAGAGAUUGUUAAGGCCCUCGAGUCGUCCGGCAAGUUUCCGGGUUCCGACAAGUCCGAGGCUGACGUCGCGCAGUGCCUGUGCUACGCGAGAACUCUCCUGGCGUACCACGAGGACAAGGUGGGAGACGUGGAGGGCGCGCUGAGGACGAUCGACAGCGCCAUCGCCAGCACCGAACCGAAGGUGCUCGAGUGCUACCUCGCCAAGGCUUCGUUCCUGAAGCACGCGGGCGACGUCGUCGGCGCGAUGAACGUCGCCAACGAGGUUCGCGAGAUGGACAGGGCGGAUCGAUAUUUGAAUUCGUACUGCGUCAAGCGCAUGCUCCGCGCGGGGGAGUACGAAACGGCGGAGAAGACCGUGGCGCUGUUCACGCGCGACGGCAACCAGGCGUCCAACCUGUUCGACAUGCAGUGCGCGUGGUUCGAGAACGAAGCCGGCCGGUGCCACCAACGCGGCGGCCGCAAGAACAGGGCGCUCAAGUACUUCACCGCGGUGCGUAAGCACUACGACGACAUGGAGGAGGAUCAGUUCGACUUUCACCAGUACUGCCUGCGCAAGAACACCCUUCGCCACUACGUGCAGAUGCUGCGCGUGGAGGACACCCUGUACAGUCGACGCGCGUACAGGGAGGCGGCGCGAGGCGGCGUGGAGGUUUACCUCGACCUCUUCGACAAUCCGCUCCCGGACCCCGCCGAGGAGGAGGAGAAGAUGCUCGCGGCGAUGUCCAAGGAGGAGCGUCAGGCGUACCGCAAGAAGCUCAAGAAGGCUGAGGAGAAGAAGGCCAAGGAGGAUGCCGAGAAGAAAGCCAGAGAGGAGAAGGAGGCGAGGGAAGCUGAGAAGGACGGCAAGAAGAAGAACCAGGUUAAGCGGAAGGAGGAUCCAGAUCCCAACGGCGACGCGCUCCUUCGAACCAAGGCGCCCCUCGUCGAAGCCGAGCGACUCCUCGAGCCCCUCUUACGGCACGCCGCGGACUUUGAGGACACGCACCUGCUCGCCUUUGAGGUGUUCGUUCGCAAGGGAAAGCUCCUGCUCGCGCUCCGCGCGUGCAACGCCGCGGUGAGGUGUUCGCCGUCGUCCUUCGCCGCGAGGCGCAACGUCGCGCACCUAGCCGCGAUUGUUUCAUCGUCGGACGCAGCCGUUAAAACCGGCGCGGUUAAGACCGUCCUUCACGACGGGGUUAAAACGCUCACCGGCGGUGCGACCGCGGUGGCCUACGCGCAAGCGCUGGUGGCCGAGGCGAGGUUUACUCUGGAGGGCGCGCUCGCCGCCGAGGCUGUGAAGCUCGCCGGGGGCGACGCGGUUGCGGCGUCGGCGAAGGUUGGCGACUUGGAGGUUCCUCGGAGCGUGGACGACGCCGCGGCGGCGGUGGCGGCGCUCGAGAGGGUCGGCGCCGGCGCGGACGCUUUGAAGGCGAAGCUCGCGGUCGCGUUUCCGUACUGCGAGGCGUUCGGGGGCGCCAAGGCGACCAAGAGGGCGUAG